CCGCUUCCGGUAGGAGUCUCCGCCCCGGUCAGGAUGAGCGGAGGAGGGAAGGCGCGCGAUGGAUCUGCUGAAGGUGCAGCUGCCAUCCUGCUAUGUUAUCUUCAGGAGCAGAACCGGCCUCAUAGUGCUCAGGAUGUCUUCAGCAACUUACAGCGACAACAUGGAUUGGGCAAGACGGCUGUAGUGAAGGCACUAGAGCAGCUGGCUCAGCAAGGGAAGAUCAAAGAGAAGGUCUAUGGGAAGCAGAAGAUUUAUUUUCCAGAUCAGAAUCGUUUUGGUAAUGUGAGUGACUCAGAACUCAGAGUCUUGGACAAUGAUAUUUCAGAACUGUCUUGCAAAGUUCAGACACUCCAACAGAACUGUCGUCAUAUGGAGUCAGAACUGAAAGAACUGAAGGGCUCUAUGACAACCCCAGAGAUGGUUAAAGAAAUUGAAGCAUUAAAAAAAGAUUGUGCCAAUUAUACAGAGAAACUGGAACGAAUUAAAUCUGCUGCCAAUCAUGUGACCCCUGAGGAAAAAGAAAAGGUGUACAAUGAGAAGAAGCUGUACUGCAGGGAAUGGCGUCGCCGCAAGAGAAUGGCAACAGAACUACUUGAUGCAAUCCUUGAAGGCUACCCCAAAAGCAAGAAACAGUUCUUUGAGGAAGUUGGCAUUGAGACAGAUGAAGAUUUGAAUGUUACAUUACCCUCUGUGUGAACCAGUCUCAUCUGCAUUAUGAAACAUCUAAGCAUUCAAGUUUCAGUCUCUCAUAUUCUAUGUUGCUCUGGAUUUUAAAAAUUUAAAAAUAUUUUCAUUCAGUGGGGAUAAGCAGACCUCUCCUUUUGUGCUGUUUAGUUUUUCUCUAGAAAUUCUCCACAUGAUGUCCUAAUCAGGCUGGUUGUUUUGUUCUUAAAGGUGUUAGAACAAAGCUGUUAGUAAGCACUUGAAAAAAUGGAGGAGACACAAAAUAAAUAUUUGAAUUUCUGAUAGUGUUACAUUUUCUCUGUAAUUGGCCUGCAUAUUGUAUCAACAGCAUAUUGUGCCAUUAAACCAACACUACUCAUU